GGAUUUAAUGGUUAUAAUGGGAAUUGUAUUGGUUUUAAUGGAAACUGUAAUGGUCCCUGUGGGUCUCUACUGGUAAUUUGUUGCCUUCUAUUGGUGGCAUGUUAUGUCUAGUGGAUACCAUUAAGGACCAAUAAUGGUAAUGGUUUGUAAUGGUAUUUGUAGUGGAAACCAUUAGAAUUCCUGUGAUGGUUUCUACUGCUGGGCUCACGGUGGCUUAGUGGUUAACAUGUUUGCCUCACAUCUCCAGCGUUGGGGGUUUACUUCCCGCUAUGUCCCUGUGUGUGUGGAGUUUGCAUGUUCUCCCUGUGCUGUGGAGGUUUCCUCUCCCAGUCUAAAGACAUGCAUGGUAGGCUGAUUGGCAUGUCCAAAGUGUCUGUAGUGUGUAAAUUGGUAUGUGAGUGUGCCCUGUGAUGGACUGGCACAAGAUGUACCCUGCCUUGUACCCGAUGCUCCUUGGGACAGGCUCCAAGACCCAGCAGGACAGGUGGUAUAGAAGAUGGAUGGAUUGUUUCUAUUGUUUUUUUUUUCCAGUUUUCCCAAGUUUAACUAUUUUAUAUGUAAAACACAUUAUGACGUGUGGUAUUAUUACCACCAUUAUUAAUGUUAAACUCAGAAGCCUAAUUAAAUAGGUGAUAUUAACCACUAAUCAGGAGGAAGAUCAGCCCUUUCCACCAGCAUGUACAGAAGUUACCAGUCUGAAGCUACAGUAGCGCAUGCGCACCAGCAGAUGGCGCAGUUGCCCGCUCUUUAGCACGUUGUUCGGAAGACAGAUGUAAAUAUUUUCGUGACACAGCUCCGAGCCUGAAUCCUUCCGCGGUAAUAUCCACCCGGUGGUGUGAACGAUAUUUGUGGCUCUACCAUCGCUCCAGUGACAAACCUCGAAAGAGCUUUUCACUUUCACGCGCCGUUUAGCGUCGACACCGUGACCGCGCGCGUGCGCGGUAAAUAAAAAAAAUAAUAAAGAGAGAGAGAGAGAGCGCUGUAGGUGGGUGUGUGAUUGAUAAGCUGUAUAGUCUAUGCCCGAUCAUAUAGCACUCCCUCGGCCGCUCGUAAGUGUUGCUCUCCUCCAUUGGUUUCUGAUUGCGGAAUAGCUGGUCACUGAGGGUCAUCAUGCAAAAACGGAGGAAGCCAGAACCGAUCCAGCUCAACCCGAUUCCGGAUGGGAAUGCCGUUAACGGAACCGGUGCCACAGAAACAAACCUAGAGGCCCUGCAAAAGAAGCUGGAGGAGCUGGAGCUGGAUGAGCAGCAGAGGAAACGUCUGGAGGCCUUUCUCACGCAGAAGCAGAAGGUAGGAGAGCUGAAGGAUGACGAUUUUGAGAAGAUUUGCGAGUUGGGAGCAGGCAAUGGUGGCGUGGUCUUUAAGGUCUCACACAGACCAUCUGGACUCAUCAUGGCCAGGAAGCUGAUCCACCUGGAGAUCAAGCCAGCUAUCAGGAACCAGAUCAUCCGAGAGCUGCAGGUGCUGCAUGAGUGUAAUUCUCCCUACAUUGUGGGAUUUUACGGGGCCUUCUACAGUGACGGAGAGAUUAGCAUCUGUAUGGAGCACAUGGAUGGUGGCUCCCUGGACCAAUCAUUGAAGAAAGCAGGCAAGAUUCCAGAGCAAAUACUGGGCAAAGUUAGCAUUGCGGUGAUAAAAGGGCUGUCUUAUCUGAGAGAGAAGCACAAGAUCAUGCACAGAGAUGUGAAGCCUUCCAACAUCCUGGUGAACUCACGUGGAGAGAUCAAGCUGUGUGACUUUGGUGUUAGCGGGCAGCUUAUCGACUCCAUGGCCAACUCAUUUGUGGGCACAAGGUCCUACAUGUCUCCGGAGCGUUUGCAGGGUACACACUACUCUGUGCAGUCUGAUAUCUGGAGCAUGGGGCUUUCAUUGGUGGAGAUGGCCAUUGGUCGCUUCCCCAUCCCACCACCUGAUGCUAAGGAGUUGGAACAAAUUUUUGGCCUCCCUAUGGAGGGUGACCCCUCAUACAGUGAAGCCUCCCCCAAACCAAGGCCCCCUGGACGGCCCGCGAGCUCCUACGGACCUGACAGCAGACCUCCAAUGGCCAUCUUUGAGCUGCUUGACUACAUCGUCAAUGAGCCACCGCCCAAACUGCCAAGCAUCUUUGGCACGGAAUUUCAAGAUUUCGUUAACAAAUGUUUAAUAAAAAACCCAGCAGAGAGGGCAGAUCUGAAGCAACUGAUGGUCCAUCCCUUCAUUAAGACAUCAGAAGCAGAAGAAGUGGACUUUGCUGGGUGGCUCUGCAGCACCAUAGGCUUAAAUCAGCCAGGGACCCCAACUCACAAUGUGGGGAUAUAAAAGGGAAUUACUUUAUCUAAUCUCUUUCUCUCUCUCUCUCUCAUACACACACCCACAAACAUACCCAGACCAGUGUUUUUAUUUGGGCUCAAAUCUGUUCAAUAGUCAGUCACUGCCUCUUGUAACUCUUUAUUUUUAUGUUAUAAGUAUUGAACUGAUGUGAAUGAAUCAUAUCAAGACCCACAAUAUGUAUUAGAUGGCAAGGUUUACUUGAAAACAAAAACAAAAGGAAAAAAAAAAAAAAAAACACUGAAAGUGGCCUUGAACCUCAGAUGCUCAGAAUGUUCCCCUUGGAGUAUUGCCAUUACAAAUGACCCUGUUGAAUUUCAGGCUAGGUCAUAUCAGAGAAUAUUUAAAAGUAUAAACAAAACUGCCCUUUUAUAUAAAUGUUUAUUGCUCGAGGGCACUAUAGUUCUCCAUUUGAGUGAAAAUAUGCAUAUUUUUAUAAAGUAAAAAUCUAUUCCAUCUCAGCCAAAGCACUGUCCCAGGGUAUAAGAAUUACUAAAGCUUUUUCAAUAAUUUUAAAUGAAUUGUUAUAGUGCAACACCAAGACCUCUUUUACACAUUAAGCUAAGAUGAACACUUUUAGUUUGCGUUUAGCUUUUAAUUGAUUUUCAUUAGUGCAGUUAAACUUAUUGUCAAAGUAGUGGCAAAAUAAUCAUUUCUUAAUAUGGGUCAGUAUAAAUUUGGAAUGUCAAACAACUGUUUAUUAUUAUUAUCAUUAUUAUUGUUAUUAUUAUUAAUGUUGUUUCUGCAGUUUCACUUUUGCCACAUCAGAUGGGAAAAGAUAAUACUACUUGAUAAAAUAAGUAGUUGUGGCCAAAUUUACUGGCAGCCAACAUUUUAAAAACCACAUUCUAAAUUAAACUGUAACUAUGUACUGUUCAGACAAGCCUUAAAAGCCUUACUAAAAAAAACAAUGCAUGUUUUUGUGGUCAGUUACACUCAUGACCCUAUGCAUAACCUUGAAGACAUCUAGCAUCAAAAAACAAUCUUUAACUGAUUAACUCUUCUUGAAAAUGGCAUUAUAAUGUAAUUUAAUAUAUAGAAUGGUACUUCAGCCAAAUAUGGGAAACCACAGGAAUAUAAAACUUGUUUGAGGCACAUAAGUGAGCCAAAUUUAUUUAUGCACAAAAUUGUACUCAUAUUGGUCUGAAUAUUCUAAUAAUUAGAGGAUAACUACAGUAUAUGAUAACCAGAAAGUUCUAGCUACCUGAUAUGCCUACUAAUCUAACUUGGCUAAUUAGCCAGUUAAUGAACAGCUCUUGGUUAUCCUGGUAUAUUUUCACUGUCUGCUAUUAUUCAGAUUGAGUCUGAAACCACAGUCAUGUGAACUUAGGAGAAAUGCACUAAGCAAUGCUUCCUGUUUAAAGUGAACAUGUCACCGCUGCAGAUUUUCAUUCAGUGGUUGAAACAGAGGGCUUGUUUCAAGUAUUGCCUUUCUGCAACAGCAUAAUACACAGGCAUGUGUAUGGACCUAAUAAAAUAGGCAUGGUAGUGGUGGGAGAAUAGUGGGUGCCUGCAAUUUGCAUUUUAAUGUACAUUAAAGGAUCCUUGUCAUCUCAAUCUUAAGAAUCCACGGAUGUGCAUUAAAGUACCAUAAUUGGACAUGUUAGGACAUUCAUUCAUCUUCAGUAACCACUUUAUCCUAGCUAGGGUUGCAGUGGAUUGCAUUGUUAUAAUAAAACAUUAAAUGGUGAAUAUAAAUAUUUAUUUUUACAUGGCUUUAAUUACAUCUUUGGCAAUAUUAAGUUUAAAACUCAUUUUCAUACAACUGUUAACAUUAAUGCUUUCAGUUCACCACACAUCAGAAGAUUAAUGGCUGCCAUUAAACUUGGUCACAACUUUAGUCUAUACCUAUUCUAGUUUUUUUUGUAAUAGCUCUUAAUGUACUUGACUGACACUAAGGCUUUCUUCUGUGUGAUACUCUGUUCAGACUUCUUUUGACUAUUUCCAAUGUACGAUUUGUGUAGAACUAGUUUGUCAGCUGAGGAAACUUCUGCAACUAUAAGUUAUAAUAAAUGCAGUCUAUUUGACUGAAGUUACAUUAAACCCAUCAUUUUAGUCAAGUGCAUUUCAGUUAACAAUCUGGCAACAAUUCCCUUGUACUCUGUAGGUGGGCACUGCAAACAAAAGGUAACAUCAAAAUCACUAGCUCCAAUGCUGUAGAAGCUUUACAUUGUUUAGUAGUGUCCUGCCUGUAAUACCAUCUAAACCUGAUUCACGUUUGUUAGUAACUUCAGUAACCACUAAAAAUGUGCAAGACUACUUUUCCUUUAACAAAAAUAAACAAACCACCAAGCUAAGCAUAUUUGCAGAUAUUUAUUGUCUGAAGUUAGAGAAGUAGCAGUGUGUGAACAAAGCUCUUCUGUUGCAGGAACAGGUGGACAUCUUGGUCGAAACUCCUCCUGGGUUUCAGCAUCUUAGCAAAAUCAAAAUAAACAAAAUCCUUACUUUACAUUAAACCUUAAGAAAAUGCAGUCUUAUGAAAUGCACUUGGGGGGG